GAGAAAGAAGUACAAGUAGAAGUCAAGCCAUGAGUAACGAUAGCGGCAAUAACUAGUCAUUACUUCAAUUGGGCUUCAAUAAAUUUUUACUUUUACGUGUGUAACUGUUAAAAAAGAAAAAAAACCAGACUACUUGGCUAUAGUGCUAGUUGCCAAAGCCGAAACCAAAAAAUGCGAAGACACCGAUGCAACCAGGUAAUCCGAUCGGAGUCCGAUACGGAGAGCGAUACAGACGCCGAGACCAUGAAGUGCAUAUCGUGCAAAGAGGAGUACGGAUCACGCGAUGCCGGCACUUGCAAGGAGUGCUACGAGGAAGCAAGCGAGACCGAGGAAGAGUUGAAGCGAGAGAUCGAAGAUCUCAAAGCCAAAGUCGCCUUCUUACGCUUUUGGUCUCCGCUUGAUCACGCCCACCGUGGCUCCACCACCACUCCCGGUCCCUUCUUCUCCGAUGUCGUUUUGAUCGCUUCCGAUGAUGGGUCUCCUGGGUUUCCCCCUGUGCUCGUACCCGCCAAUAAAGCCGUUUUGGUGAAUCGAUCACCCGUAUUCAAAGCAAUGCUGGAGAAUGAAAUGGAAGAAAGCAGAAGUGGAACAAUCAAAGUAAGUGAUGUAUCAUACGAUGCUCUUCGUGCCUUUGUAAACUAUUUGUACACUGCAGAAGCAUGCUUGGAUGAACAAAUGGCUUGUGAUCUUCUGGUCUUAGCUGAAAAAUACCAAGUGAAGCAUCUCAAAGGGUAUUGUGAGAAGUUCUUGGUAUCGAAAUUGAACUGGGAUAAUUCACUUAUGAGCUAUGCCUUUGCUCACCAGCACAACGCCAAACUCGUCCUCGAUGCGGCUUUGUGUUUGAUAACAGACAACAUGGAUAAGCUAACUAAAAGGGAAGAAUAUAUUGAACUUGUGGAAAAGGAUCCUCGGCUUGUAGUGGAAAUCUAUGAAGCUUACCUCUCUAAACAGGUUAAUACAGCUGCUCAUAAAGAUUGUUCAAUGAAAUCGUAGUCAUUUCUGAUCAAAUGAUAUUGUUGUUCAUUGAUAUUGGAUGAAAUUUUAGUAUAUGUAUGUAGAAGAAGAGUUUGAAUGUUUGAUGAUAUUGGGUUGGGGAAAUAUGUAAUACGAAGUUACAAUGAAUUCCAUAACCAUCGAGUUUUUUUUA